CUGAGGAACACUCAAACAGAACAAAUGAGCAGCCGCAGCUCGACUCCUGCAAGAGACGCUGAUAUCGGCACACUGGAGAGAGCUGCUUCACCAGGAGUCAGAUUAGAGUCGGGGAGGAUCACCAGGCUCUGAGGCACAGCUGAGGACAGAGGUGCAAGAGCAAGACUGAGAGUUCCUCUGAAGUAGGAUCUCAGUUCACACACAUAGAGACGGACAGAAAACUAGCGAGGUGUUGUUGCAGUCCUCGUGGUCGUGGUUCCCCACAUGCACAGAUGAGAUCAUGGAUUCACUCUUGACGGCAGUGGUGCGCGGGGACGCCAUGGAUCUGGACGCCUGACGACCAUGGAGAGCAUGUUUAUUGGUAACGCGUGUCAGAGCGGACUGGUGCCAGCACUGGUUCGGGCUCCUCUGCCCACUGUGCCGCCCUCCUUGGGCAUGAAACACUUCCUUCCCUUCCCUCUGGACAGCGGCUCCAUGCUCAGCCUCAUUCCCAGCUUCAGAAACAUGGACCCCGUUCAGAAAGCUGUUUUGCAUCACACACUCAGCGCUCCAGCCUCCUCUAAAAGAAAAGCGGUCUCAUGCGGUGUAUGCCAGCUGAGGUUUAACUCACAGAGCCAGGCAUUGGCCCACUACAAAGGCACCAAACAUGCCAAGAAGAUGAAAUCCAUGGACGCUCCGAAAUGCCUCAAACACAAGAGCUCCCUGGUCACCAAGGAAAAUACCAACAAGGAGCCAUCUAAGAGCCUCUCUCCCUCCACAGCAGCCAGCAACACUGACAGACAAGGUGGGAGUCAUGGGGUGCCUGUGACCCCUUCAUCCCCCUCUUCUGCCCCAGUGUUUGGCUCCGGGGUGGAGCCCACAGAGCCAGAGUCUACCUCAGUAUCAGGAGGAGAGGACGGCCGCUCCAUCACCCCCAUCCCGCCUGAACCAGAAGAGAACGACCCCGCCGUCAGUCCAGAGACGGAGGAUGAGAAAGCCCUGCGUCUGCUCUACUGCUCCCUCUGUAAGGUGGCCGUCAACUCUGUGUCACAGCUGGACGCACAUAAUACCGGCACCAAACACAAAACCAUGCUGGAGGCUCGGAGUGGGAUCGGCUCCAUCAAAUCGUUCCUCAGGCCCGGGCUGAAGAGCAAGCUGACAGCCCUCACUAAAGCAGACACGGGCCUGCAGAACAAGACAUUCCACUGUGAAACCUGCGACGUGCACGUUAAUUCAGAGACGCAGCUCAAGCAGCAUAUCAGCAGCAGACGCCACAAAGACAGAGCUGCAGGGAAACCAGCCAAACCCAAGUACAGUCCUUACACCAAAACCCAAAGAGGAGCCACCAAACAGACACAGGUGAAGAUGCCAGUCGGUAAAGACUUGUGUCAGACAACCAGGAUAAUGCCGCCCCACCUGGCAGCCGUCGCUGCUGCUGCUGCUGCCAUUAGCUCCUCCUUCCCUCUGCGUGCCUGCCAUAACCCCGCCCUCUUUCAGACUCAGUCCCUCCCCACCGCACUGCUCCGCCCUACACCGGGGCCAAUCAGGACUGCUCACACACAUGUACUGUUUGCCCCCUAUUGACCUUUGAACUAUGACCUCUGGCGGAUCGGACCAUUAACCCUUUCAUCUCCUCACACUGGCCAUGCACCCCGGAUCAAAUGAGCGAUACUGCAAUAAUUAAAAAAUGAAACAUGAACCAGGUAACUAUGUAUCGUCAUUUAUAUGUGACACACUGAUGUUAAGCUAUAAAUGUAUCAGUGGAGAUAUGAUUUUAGUUUUUUUCUGUACGGAAACAAUGUUUCAUCAUCAUCAUCAUCAUCAUUAUCAUCAUCAUCGCUUAGAGUACAAGACUGAUUUGUAAAUUAAAGGUGAGUUUGGGAACACAGAGAUGUUAAUAAUGGAGAAAAUGGAAAGUUGUAUUUCUCUGCUGUUUUGCACUUUAGGUUUUUUUGUUGUUGAUUUCUAGACGAAUAGAUCCCUUCCUGUUUCCAGCUGUUGGUGUAUCCAGGUCAGCAGUGCUUCAUUUGUCAAUGGACCCGUUUCACAUUACUGCGGUUCUCAGAAGCUGAAUUCAUCAGAAACGUCUAUAGUCGUGAAUGGAAACUACAACAAAUAUCAUUUUUGCAUUCCCAUUUGCGUCAAUAGAAGAAGAAACAAAACCAGUGUAGCAUUUUUAUGACUACACAAAAGAGGAAGAAAUAUCCAUCAUCAUAAUCUCAUAUAAAAAAAUAAUAUAUCAGAUAUCUGCGUAAUCAAUUGUGUUGGUCAUAAGAAAGAAAUUUAAAAAUUGCCAACACUCCCUCAAAAAAAAUUA